AACGUGAUCAAGUACCUGGACUCCUUCAUCGAGGACAACGAGCUCAACAUCUUGCUGGAGCUGGCGGAUGCCGGCGACCUCUCUCAGAUGAUCAAGCACUUUAAGAAGAAGAGGCGGCUCAUCCCAGAGAGGACAAUAUGGAAAUAUUUUGUCCAGCUGUGCAGUGCCCUGGAGCACAUGCACUCCCGUAGAGUCAUGCACCGCGACAUCAAGCCAGCCAACGUGUUCAUCACUGCUACAGGAGAGGUGAAGCUGGGAGACCUGGGACUGGGACGCUUCUUCAGCUCCAAGACUACCGCCGCACACUCCCUAGUUGGGACACCGUACUACAUGUCUCCAGAGAGGAUCCACGAGGGUGGCUACAACUUCAAGUCAGACAUCUGGUCCCUGGGAUGCCUUCUCUAUGAGAUGGCUGCGUUGCAGAGUCCAUUCUAUGGGGACAAGAUGAACCUCCUCUCUCUGUGCCAAAAGAUUGAGCAGUGUGACUACCCUCCACUACCACCUGACCACUACUCUGAGAAGUUGCGAGACUUGGUCAGCAUGUGCAUCAAGCCCGACCCGGGCCAGCGCCCUGACAUCGUGUUUGUUCUGCAGAUCGCCAAACAGAUGCAGCUGUGGACCUCCAGCACCUGUGCCCCCCCCCCCCCCCCCUCCACUUACCUCCUCAGUCCUCCGUGUGGACCCCCAUCCUGACUGAACCACAGACCACCAGACCCACUGCCAACCUGCCUGGCUUGGUCUCACUAGGACCAGGUUGUUUAACUCGCGUCUCAGAAAUCGAGGAACUGAUGAAACGAUCGAGAGACUUUGGCAUGACUGGACUGACUUUUUCUUUAUCUUCAAAUGAGGACUUAGACUUUAUGCCGCGUUCACGUCGCGUCGGAAACUCGGGACCUCCGAGUUAAUUGUAUAGAACUUCCUAUAGGUUGAUUCUGAUACCUCCCAAGUGGGGAAAUUCGGGAUCUGACUCUUCCGCCUAGGUUAACGAGUCGCAAAUUUCCAACAUUAUGUGAACGCGGUUUAAGUCCAGUUGUUUUUGUCCUCAAUGACCUGGGGAGUCGCUUCGACGGUGGUCAUGGUGAUUUCUGUUUUUAGACUGUGUUGCGGUGAUUCCGACAGAAGGUGACAGCAUCUUGUCUGGCCUCUUCGCUAACAGGAGAGCUCUGUCACACAAUGAUGUCAGAGGGUUCUCUUAUCAGCUAGGCAGGGGUUGCAUUCCAAAUAGAUCCUGUCUUUUUCAGGUAAACCGUAUGAAUUGAAGGCCUAAAUAGAAAUCUCUUUCAGUGCUGUUUAUUUUUCUGCCUUACACACAUUUAACAUUGUUUAGAAAUAAUUAUUUUUUUAAUGUUGCUUUAAAUACCUCUGAUCUGUAUUUUGCAUUCUUGUGUAGUGUCGUUUGUGAUCCUAAGGCAUUCAGUUAAGUGGACUUUGUUUCAUAAUUAACCAUAAGAUAUAUGCAAAAUAUUUGAGUCAGCGUUAGGUCCUCCCAGGUCACACCUCGUGAGUUCUCUGCAACACGAGGCGCUUGCUACAACCACCAAGUAACACUGGUUUGAAAUGGACUUCAGGACUUGAUAACGUCUCCCUUUUCAAGGACCUCAAAUGGCAUAAUGUAGAACAUUGUCAAGGCUUAUGGACUGAGCUUUGUAAAACUUUAGACUAGGUUUUUCAACAACAAAAAGUUAUUUGCAGGAAACUGCCUGGGUGAAGGGUGUUAUGCUGUUGCUUGACACCCAUGCCAUAUUGUAAUUGCGUGUAUAGAUCAUAACUGCAGUUGACUGUACACUGAUGACUUCGUUCAGAGAAGGGUUUUAAUUUGAGAUGUACUGUGAAAUGAUUUACAUUAUGUAGAAACAGCAAGAAGAACAGUUACAAUUGUGCUGUAGAAACAUUUAGAAAAUGUUUUUGCCUUGACAGCACUAAGCGGCAGAUAGACGCUAGAUUAAGAGGGUAAGUGAUUGAGUCAAAGUUUACUAGUUUAGAAGACUGCAAAAACCUCAGUACUAAUAUUUUAGCAAUUCUAUUAUAUGUGCUUGUAAAAGAGCGUUCAAUCUAGAGCGUUCAAUCUAGAGCGUUCAAUGACUAUUCUUUGUAAUGAUUUUUCACUCAAAAGUAUUGUGUGUAGGCUAUGGUUUUAUUUUGUAAUUGUACUUUCCUGUGGGGAUUUGACAUGAUUUUGUGGAAUCACGUUCAAGUGUUUCCCUUUUUGCAUUUUGUAGUAGUUAAAAGAUUUAUAAAAUAUUAAUUCUUAUACUCUUA